CUGGCGGGAAAUUUCAAACACGACCGAAUCAUGGAUAGUCGUGUUGAGUUGUACGAAGAAGUAAAGCUUUAUCGUACUGCACGUGAAAGGGAGAAGUAUGACAAUCUUGCUGAACUUUAUGCUGUCAUCAAUACCAUACAGUGUUUACAAAAGGCAUAUAUAAAGGAUUAUGUUGAAUCAAAAGAAUAUACAGCUGCAUGCUCAAAACUUCUGGUCCAGUACAAGGCUGCGUUCAAGCAGGUUCAAGGUGAUGAAUUCGCUACUGUAGAAGAUUUCAUGAGAAAAUAUAAAAUGGACUGUCCAGCUGCUCUAGAGCGUAUUAAAGAGGGAAGACCAAUAACCAUCAAGGAUGAUAAACAAAAUGUAAACAAAUGUAUAGCUGACACUGUUUCUUUGUUUAUCACUAUUAUGGACAAGUUACGAUUAGAAAUUCGUGCAAUGGAUGAAGUAAAGUUAUUCAAGCACUUGAUAACUAUCUUCUACAGAUCCAUCCAGAUCUUCGAGAGUUAUAUGAAACCAUUUCUCGGUUAAGCAUUUUACCUUCAGAUUUCGAGGGUAAAGAUAAAGUGAAAGUUUGGCUAGAUAAAAUGGAUCAAAUGCAGGCUUCCGACGAAUUAUCUGAAGCCGAAGUACGUCAGAUGCUUUUCGAUUUAGAUUCUUCUUACAAUGCUUUUAAUCGGACCUUACAUAGUGGUCAGUAAAUGAUCACUGCACCUCUUGCAGAUAUAUAUUGCAUAAUAAGCGUUUUAAAAUAACCUUGACUUUUUUUUAUACAAUACUUCUGACAUGCAAUCAUUUCUUGUCUUUUUAUUAACAUGUGUAUGCUGUGAGUGAUUUGAAAAAUAAAUAAAAUUCAAUACACA